AUAGAAGUCUGGCGCUCGACACACGCGUGUAAUCCCUGUUUAUAUUUAAAACGUUAGUCUGCAUUUGCGGACGACAAAUUGGAUGUACUAUAGCGUUUUGAUACAACUUGAUCGGAUUCGUUGUUUUUGAAAAGGAAUUACGAUUUGUUUUUCACAUCAAAGUGUGUGGCCCUGCACUGUGUUCUGGUGCCUCCCAUGUCCUGGCCUGCUAAGCCUCGUGUCUCCUCACUGGGCCUGGGCAAUAGCUGAACCAGGGCUGCUGCUGGUACUACUGCUGCUGGUACUGAUACCACCACUUGUACUGGUGGUGGGUGUCCCAACCCAGGGGCCUGGAGGAGCCCUGUCGACCUCCCAGCCACACGAAGAUGAACAAACUGACCGGCUUCCACAAUAACAAAGCUAUGCAGGACCGCCGCUGUGUUUGUGUCUUUCUCCCCAACGACGACACACUUAACGUCAUCGUUAAUGUGAAGACUUUGUGCCAGGAGCUGCUCAUCCAGGUGUGUGACCUGCUCCGACUGAAGGACUGUCACCUGUUUGGACUCAGUGUCAUUCAGAACAAUGAGCAUAUCUACAUGGAGCUGGGCCAGAAGCUGUCCAAGUACUGUCCCAAGGAGUGGAAGAGAGAGGCCAGCAAGGGCAUCGACCAGUUUGGGCCUCCCAUGAUUAUCCACUUCAGGGCUCAGUAUUACGUUGAGAAUGGGAGAUUAAUAAGUGACCGCUCGGCCAGAUACUACUACUACUGGCACCUGAGGAAACAGGUGUUGCUGUCUCAGUGUAUCCAGAGAGAGGAGGCUUACUUUCUGCUGGCAGCCUUCGCCCUCCAAGCCGAUAUGGGCAACUUCAAACGCAACAAGCACUUUGGGAAGUACUUUGAACCUGAGGCCUACUUCCCCCCAUGGGUGAUAGCCAAGCGAGGCCGGGACUACAUCCUGAGACACAUCCCCAACAUGCACAAAGACCAGUUUGCCCUCACCGCCUCCGAGGCUUAUCUCAAAUACAUCAAGGAGUGUUCCCUUCUGGAUGAUGUCACAGUCCACUACUACAGACUCUAUAAGGACAAAAAGGAAGUGGAGGCUUCUCUUACCUUAGGACUGACCCUGCGUGGAAUCCAAAUAUUCCAGAACAUGGGGACAGUGAGACAGCUCCUGUAUGAUUUUCCCUGGAGCAACGUGGGCAAACUGGUAUUUGUGGGGAAGAAGUUUGAGAUCCUGCCUGAUGGUCUUCCGUCGGCCCGUAAGCUGAUCUACUACACCGGUUGUCCCCUGCGUUCCCGCCACCUCCUGCAGCUGCUCAGUAACAGCCAUCGCCUCUACAUGAACCUGCAGCCUGUCCUCAAACAGGUCCGCAGGCUGGAGGAAAAUGAAGAGAAGAAGCAGUACCGUGAGUCGUACAUCAGCGAUGCGUUGGAGCUGGAUAUGGACGGGCUGGACAAGCGCUCCCGGGCCAGCGGUAGCAGUGCUGGCAGCACUGUGUCUCACCUCAAACACCUGUCUCGCCACUCUACCGUCAGCCACGGUAGCUCACACACCUCGGGCAUCGAGACAGACAGUUUCCGGGCACCCGGAGGGGCCCCACACCGAGCCCUAAGGACAUGCAGCUCCUCAACGACUAGCCAUGGGAGCUCACACACCUCGGGGGUGGAGAGUGGGGGCAAGGAGCGCAUGCUGGAUGAUGAUGAGAUUGAGAUGUUAGUGGAUGACCCUAAAGACUAUGAGGAGCUCCAUGAGCUGGCCCUAGAGUUGAACCAGGACCUGUGCAUCCACAUCACUGAGGACAUGCUGACCAUGACCCCUGACCAGACCAAUGGAUACUCAGGGCUCAUAGUGAAGGACGUCAGCUCAUCGACUUCCAGUUCCUCUGAGACCGUGGUCAAGAUGAGAGGCCAGAGCAUUGUGUCUCUCCCUCAGACCUCCGUGUGCAGGAAGCCUCAGACGUCAACUGACCGCCACAGCCAAUCCCUUGAUGACGUGCGUCUCUACCAGAAGGGCUGUCUCCAUUGGGCGGAGCUAUGCCAGGACACCGCCCACAGCUACACCUUCGGCUGCGCCCAGGAGCUGAGCGACAGCAGCGGUUACCAGGGCAACCUGGCCGAGCAGUGCGCUGGUAUCCGCUGUGACCAGCUUGACUGCUUCCCCAUCAAGAGGACCAGCAAGUACUUUUCCCUGGACCUGACCAGCGAAGAGGUCCCAGAGUUCGUGGUGUGAUGGCCGAACGGGGGAGACGGGGAUGAGGAGGAAUGGAUGAGGCAGAAAGGGUGACCCCUGCUCCCCUGCCUCCACAUCUCAGAAUUUGAGGUGCCUCAGGAAACUGAAUGGGACGAGAGAAGAGGGUUGGCGGUUUGGAGAGGUUGUCUAUCUGUUGCCCUAACCUGUGUCAGUCAUAACCUGUGUCAGCCAUAACCUGUCAGCUAUAACCUGUCAGCACCAGACUUGGGAAGAGUCAGAUGGACUGUAAAAGCACUACAUCCGCCAGUCAACAUAACCAUGUAACCACCUGCGACGACAUACAUAAAACACUACAGAGACAAAUAACUGACAGUGAAAGCCCUUUGAGGUAUUUUUUUUGUUGCCAAAACGGCAAUAAAAAAAAAAAAGGAUCAACCUUUGCUGGGUUUCAAGAAAACCUGUCUGCAACUUUUAAUUGGACCGAUGCUGGUUGGGAAUGGAGUGUAAAAGGAAAAGUAAGGGAAUGUCGAAAUAUCUCACCAUCACUUUUUUAUUCAAACAACCUCUGACUGUCUGCAUUUCCAGAGCAUGUACUCUCUCCAGAUGUUUUCUGGAUCUGAAUCUUGUGCUUGCAAAGAGAAAUAAUACUUCAGUCUCACAGAAAACAAAAACAAACGUUCUGAUGUUAACACACCAGCGUGUGCUUACUUCGACUUUACUAAUGCAGUGCAAACAAACAAACACACACACAGCCGACAUAUCAAAAAUAUUCUGCCAUGGAGACUAGAUCUCACUCUCCUUUCCCUACAGAAAGAAGGGAACUCUCAUUGAUAGUCAAGCUAGAUGUGCUGUGAACCAAAGACAAGUUACACUAAACACGAAAAGAAAAGCCACAUGGCUCCAAGUCCUCAUGUCCAUAUUAUAAUUAUUUUAGUGUGCAACCAACCAACCAAUGAAAUGAUACAGCCUCCUGAAUCCAUGACAGGAAUCUAGAGGUUGAUCCAGAGGAGGGAAUUUGGAUUGGUCUCAGAAUAUUUUAGAACAAGGAACGCUAAUGACGUCCUUGUUCUCAUGUGUCUCCCUUCCAUCCCUCUGUCUCUAGUAUGAAGUAUUUAUGAUGUGACAUAAUCUGGGAGCCCAGAACCAAAUCCAGCGUGCGCUAGUCUGUCACGAGAUUAGAAGUGACGCGCCACCGCUCCUCUCUUUACAAGGAAGUGCAAUGUGUCAACAGUUUCCCUGUGUAGUUGUGUCCUAGUGUAGUGGCUAGACUGAUAUAAUGAACACACCCAAUGUGCCUUCAUCACUUAUGCAGGUCCUGAACCACAACCAUGCCUUGACAAUCAAUCACAGCUUCCCGCUAAGCAUCGCAACACGCCCAUAUGAGUCACAGAGAUCAGUUUUAAGUCAUAAGGUCAAUUUUAAGCUCGUCAUCUGUAACUUUAUUCUUGGUCAGCAGUACAUUGGUAUUUAAAGGCCCAGUGCAGUCAAAAAAACGUGAUUUUUCUGUGUUUUUCUAUACAUUGCCACACUAUGAUGAUUGAACAAUACUGUGAAAAUUAUGAUAAUGCCCUUUUAGUGUAAGCUGUUUGAAAAGAAUGCCUGAUAUUUUAGCCUGUUUUGUUGGGAUGGAGUUUUAGCCCGCCUGGUGACAUCACCAGGUAAAUGAGUUAAUAGACCAAUAAGAAAGAGUUCCAAACCUCUGCCAAUAACAGUUAGUUUUCCCCUCCCCACUCAAAACACUCCCAGACAGUCUUAGCAAAGUUACUGUUAUUCGCUAAGAAGCUAUUUUUGUUUCUUUUUCACCAUUUUUACUGAAAACAGUAAGCUACUUAAUUGUUACCUAGAAAUGAUUUGAUAUUGAGAUAAAAAAAAUGGCUGCAUUGGACCUUUAAUCAUUGACUUCAGAGUUUAAACAUCGUUAUUCAAACUGUUUUAGCAGAUUAACCAAUAAUCAAUGAAGGGGAUUACCCUAAUGUCAUCUACCAUCCCUAGCCUAGCUUUAUGUUAAACGUGUCAGACUCAUUUAAAUUUGCGGUAGUUCGGUUCCUGUCAUGUGAAAUGUAGCCCAGAUGACGUCAUGGGCUGGUUCAAGACUUCCUGACUACAUCAUUGGCUGUGCCAGGUCUGAUGCUUGGGGCAGGAUGAGUUUCUACAUGCCCUCACCUGUCUGUCUGUGUACAGAGCCGAGGAAAGCUUAGAUGUAAUCCACACACACACACACACACACACACACACACACACACACACACACACACAAAAUGGAGCUGGGUUGGUUUUAGGCCAGCUAUGAAACUGACAUUUUGACUUUGUUCUUUCUAUAUGUUUUUUUUUUCUUUCUUUUUUUUUCUCACUUGGCUGUCUUUGUUAGUCCUUAAAACUGUCUUUUGUUUGUUUUGUCUCGAUAAUUAUUUUAAAUUGGAACUUGUUACAUUUGUUUCUUUUCAUUUUAUAAUUUUAGCUGAUUGGAAGUAGAAAGUGUAAUAUUUUUUGUAUGGAGUGUUUUAGAACAGUGAGAUUUGUUGUAUAUGUUGAAAAGGUAUUCUUUGUGUGCAGUUGGUGUGUGUCAGUAUUAUAAGCAAAGUACACUCACAGGAGAAUUUAUUAGGUACACCCAUCUAAUACCGGGUCAGACCCCCCCCCUUUGCCUCCAGAACAGCCCAAAUACUUUGGGUGUCGGAAACAUUCCACAGGGAUGUUGGUCCUCGCAAUGGCAUCACACCAUUGCUGCAGAUUGGAUGGUGGUACAUUUAUGCUGCAAACAGCCCGUUCCAACUCAUCCGUGACAAGGAUCGACGAGUGUGCGUUCCGAGAUGCCGGUCUGCACACCGCUGUUGUACUGCGGCAUUAUUUAUCUGUUUGUGGCCCGCCUGUUAGCUUGCACGAUUCUUGCCAUUCUCCUUUGACCUCCGUCAUCAACGAGCUGUUUUCGCCCACAGGACUUCCGCUGACUGGAUGUACACCGCUGACAGUGGUGUACCUAAUAAACUGUCCGAGGAGUGUAUGUGACAGUGUUCCAACCCUGUGACACCAAAUUCACUUAUAUUCAAUAUUGGGCCCCUUUUUACGCAGGAAUAGUCGUAAUUUCAACUUACAGUAGUUGAAGAACGUUGAUACCUAUUCAUUUUUUGCUUUGCUCAGUUAAUUGGCCAAGAGCCAAGGUGGUGAAACCCAACAUUACACAAAUAUAAAGUUUCUUACUAUUAACUCUCCAAACUGUACCUACUCAAUGUAAAUUGAAACUAGCGUUUGUCUUCCAAAUUUGUCUUGCAUUCAGUACUUUUGCAUUUCUACCCCAGUCAGUAAACCUUAUUGAGAA